UACCAUUGGUAUUUAUAGCUGAACUUUGUUCAUUCCCCCCCCAACAAUGUUGGGGUCAGGUGCCUGUUGCCCUCAUCCUGCUGUCCAGACACACAUACCGACCUUCAGGCAUCCACACCCUGCCGCACCCCGGCUUAAAUAACUUUCUCCUGCCUUCUAUGGAUCUUCAGUUUCGGUGCUGUCCAGCACAUGGCCACUCGGGUAUGGAGCCUAGCAUGACUUGUCUUGUUUCUUUUGUACUGUUGUUGGACAAAGAUACGUUUCCAGAUUUGUAAAGACACUUUUUAUUCAUAUACUUAUGUUGAUUUACUGGAGAUUCUGAAAAUUGCUGAAUUGUAUGGAGGAGCAGAGACUAUAGGAACCCACUCUCUACAGACCUUGGAUCCUCCAAAGGAAUUCACGUGGUAAAUAUUCCAUAUGCUUCCACAUGAUUUGAACUGACACAGUUGAUGUGGUGGAUUGUGAUGUAGUGAACUCUUUCAGACUAAGGUCUGAAUCAGCUACGAUUAGAGGCACAGCGCUCAGCCAUUUUGAAGGGUUUUGUUUGUGACAGUUUGUGAGUCACGUAUUCCAAAAUAGAGACGGAAAUACUUUACAUGCCCACGAGGAAGAGCUUGCUCUCCGAGCAUCUGGAGGGUGCAAGUUUUACAGAAACAUCCACUGACAGCUACGGACAACAAGAAGCCAGAGGUCACCAUCACUGGAAGUGCCCACCAUCACCUGGACAACCUGACAUAACUCAUACAUAGUGGUCUAAAAUAAUCAGAGUCACAAGAGAGUUUGAAUUCUACAGAAUCCGGGUGGCAGCUGAGGAAAGAAUAACUCCAAUAUGAACCCCCAGGGUGGACAUUAUUUAAACAAGACAGCCGUGCUGUCCCCUUUGGGCGCUGUCCGUUUGACUGAGCUUGCUCUUGGCUGUACCGUGAUUUCUUUAGUGGUUCACGGUGCAGGAUACACUGCUGUCUACGGGAUCUUCUGCAUGGUAGCAUGGAGCGCUUGCUUUGCCCUCUCGGCAGCCAUCUUCGCCCUGGAUGUGACGCGUCUCCACUCAUGUCUUCCUGUGUCCUGGGAGAACCUGACUGUGACCCUUGCAGCAACGUCUGCUCUGCUCUACCUCACAGCUUCCAUUGUGUACCCAGUUUAUUUUGUGCGCAAUGAGUGCCCGUAUAACGAUUGUGAGGUUAGAAAUUUCCGGAUAGCCGUAACCGUCUGCUCCUGGGCAGCGUUUGUGGCAUACACUGUUGAAGUUUCCCUGUCCCGGGCCAAACCAGCCCGAGCGGCCAGCUACAUGUCCACUCCGUCUGGCCUCCUGAAGGUGGUGCAGGCUUACGUCGGCUGCGCCAUUUUCAUCACUCUUGCUAAUGGGAGUGAGUUCUGGCGUCACCCGGCGACCGUGUACUGCGUGGUAGUGUUCGUGUUGUGCUUUGCUGUGACAGCGUUGGUGGUGACACUGAGUGUGUUGGGACGCACAACCUUCCUGAAUCUGCCCCUUGACCGUUUUGUAGUGCUCUGCACGUUUGCAGCAGUGCUGCUGUAUCUGAGUGCUGCUGUGACCUGGCCUGUGUUUUGUUUCGAUAGGAAGUACGGUACGCCACUCAGACCUCAGGGCUGUCCUGGGGGGAAGUGUGCCUGGGACAGCCAGCUUGUUGUGACCGUGUUCUGCUUUCUCAACCUGGCGUUUUAUAUCACAGAUCUCUGCUGUUCCCAGAGAGCACGAUUUGUGACACGGCAACCACGUGUGUAACAACUACGCUGUACUUGUGCUUUCAAUCUUCCUAUUUAUUUCUAGAUCUGAGACUGUGCCUCAAAUCACACACUUUCUACUGUUCACACAGUCAUAUGAGCAAACGUACAGUAGAUUUGACUUGCAGUGGACACGUUUUGUGCACUGGACUUUACAUUAAAUAGAAAAACGCUAGAACAGCAAACACUUGCUUAAAGAAAUAUUUAGGUGAAAAACCUAUUUGACAUAACUGUCCACUUCCACUUUUCACUUCCCCAAAUGUAAUCAAUGUUUUAUAUCUGAUAUUUGAUUAAUGGAAGUCUAUCUUUAAGCUACAUCAUUCUCUUUCUUAAAUAGAGAAUCUAGUAAUAGAUUUAGAAAAAUAAGUUAAAAAUGGAACUAUGUUAUCACAUAGUAUCUGUUCGUCUAAGGUGGCUGCCUCCACAACAUUACUGCACUAGCUUGACAGUAAAGCUUCACAAGAUUACAGUAAGUGUCGGGGAAAUGAGAGAAAUAUUUUUCACUGAACAAUCUCUUUAAAUUAGCUGGCUAAUGCUGAUGUAAUGUAGCAGUCUGAUAUAUGUCCAUUGUUCUCAAAGUGGGGUCCAGGAUCUACAUGGGAUCUAUGAAGCAUAGCAAAGGAGUCUGUGUGUGUGUGUGUUUUUUUUUUUUUUUUUUUAAUUACUGUGGUGGAAAAUCACAAUCCAUUAGGUUUUAAAAAAAAAUAUAUUUAACUUUUUGACCUGUCACUUGAAUUGGGUUUAAUCCAAAACAAAAUUUAAUAAAAGUGUGGUUUGUGUGUGUAAAUUUCAGGAAUAAAAAACAAUACAGCUCCAAUAAAUAGCCAAAUAUUAUUUGAAUUAGCUCAUAAAAUAAAACUGUUGGGAAUUAUAAUCUGUUUCAUUCAUAUAAUCUUAUUCACAACACAUACUUUUAAAAUAUUGGGACUAUAUAAUUAAAGAGAUAAUAAACUACAUAGACAUGACCCAGUUCUGCCCUUAUUCUUGAAAGUGUUGAUUUGUCUCUUUUUUUUUUUUUUAUGAAUGUUCACUGAACCUGAAUCAUGAUCCACACACACUCCAUCACACACACAUACUCUUAAACAAGCCCUGAUACACCUUUGAAAGCCAACUGUAGACUACUAUAAUUCUCCUCGUAGUCCUCUUCCCCAGGCAGGUCCUGAGGGGGUCUUCUCCUCUCUCAGCCAGCUGGUUAGUGUGUGUGUGUGUGUGUCUCUCUCUCUCUCUCUCUCUCUCUCUCUCUCUCUCUCUCUCUCUCUCUCUCUCUCUCUCUCUGUCUCUCUCUCUCUCUCUCCGUCAGCAUGUUCUGCUCUCCUGGAGGACACGGUGACCAAUCCAGCCAGCUCAGCAUCACACCAUUAGGAUCGGCAGAUUUUUCACUCAACUUUUCAUUUUCUCCAGCCAGUGCUCUAGCAUUCUCUAUCAAUCACGCUCUCUCUUAUAUCACAUAUUGCUGAUCUGUUCAUCCACGGCUGCUUUUCUUCUCUUUUGUCAUCCAGACAUGGCUAUUUGUUAUCCUUUCUCUUCUUUCCUUUGUUCUUCCGAUUUUUUUUUUUUUGUUGCUUUUUUCUGUUCCCUCCUUCUUGUAGAUGGCCAUAAAAGAGGGUCCACAGCAGACACAUUCAAAGAAUUUUUUUUUCACCUAAUCUCUAUCCAUUGCAUCAUAUGAAUGAUUAUAGUGGACCAGAAUAUGAAAAAAGAAAAAGAAAUUUAAAACUCAGUUCUAACAGAUCAUACUUGACUAUAUAACAUGAGUUCAGAACACAUCAGCUUAGGAUGAGAUGUACAUGAGAGAAAGCCUUUUCAACAAUGCAGUAAAAAGCAAUCCCAUCAAGUUUUACGCCAUCCGUUCACCGUCAUUCACCUAAAAAUUUUCCUUUCCUGUGUGGAAAAUAAUUCCCAUCUCUUUAAGGACAAAUUAUACAGAUUUUAAUUCACAAAUAUUUCACAAAGAUUUCAUUAAAUCAUUCAUCUUAAACACAUUUUUUAAUCAUAGUUGAGUUUUCAGUAACCAGGAUUUCCUUUCCUCACAAAAAAACCUCUUCUAUUUCUUCUAAAAAAAGUUUUUAUUUCACAGUUUGUAUUUUAUUGAAUCAUGUUUGCAGUUUGUAUUUCAGAAGUUUUUAAACAAGGGCCGUGUUGUUUUUUUAUACACUGGAAAAUGCAAAUUUAGAAGUGAUGUCGCUGUAAAAUAAAGUGGCUAUAAAGUAACAGCAUACACCCCCCAGAGUGUGUUUUGCAGUGUCUUUUAAAGCAUGCACGGGCAUAAUUAGAGAAUGAGCACACGCAUGAGUCUCUCGGUUGUGUGUGUGUGUGUGUGUGUGUGUGUGUGGGUGGGUGUGUGUGUGCCACCCGAGCGGCAGCACAUCCCCUUCAAAAGGUGCUUACUGAUAACACAAGCGGAGGAUAAGAGUGCUGACUUGCUGAUGUAGAUAAUCGCUCUCAUUUUUUUUUUCAGGUUGUUGCUGAUGUUUCUGCUUUGCUUUGCUUUCCC